GGCAUCCGCCAAAAGGCGCGCUGUUUGCAUCCCAAACACAAAUUAAAUCAUACAGAAUAGACCUAAAAUGUUUUUCAAAAAUGACCCUUGCGUGAGUGAAGUGACAAGUUUCAAAUAGAAACGUGACAAACGAGCGAUAUUAAGUGUACAUUACAAUGUAAACGUACACUCAGCAGUUCCAGUUAGGCAUUCUCCAGAGAUUGUUUACAUGAUGUUUUGGUUUCCAAAAACAAACUUAAACACAAUUGAUUGUUUAUUUAAACAACUUACCACUUAUAAAGUGAUCGGAGCAGACUUUGCUGUGUUUGGAAGGCUGAUAAUCCUUGCGGUUGAUUCUCACAAGCCAUAGAUUUCUCCUUUGUAUGCUGAGUUUGUUUGCUCGCCUUCGUGCUCCCGUACAGUGGGAAUUCCAUAAAAGCUCCGCUUGACUUCAUCAUCUGACCUAUUACGACAGCCGUGAAUACAACAGGUGUGCACCAUUGCUAGCUUUAAAUAGUAGUAAUGUAACUAUAAAUGUAAAUAAUAUAUAAAUGAAUGUAACUCGCACGCUACAAUGUGUACUCAGUGACCCGUACGGUAAGCUAGCCCUCCAAGAUGGCCGCCACCAGGGAAUCCCCGACUCUGUGACAUCAUGUGAAAACUAUCUAUAUGAGCGUAUCCACUCAUUCAAUUUCUGAAAAAUGUAUUUGACACACAUAUCUUAUCUGUACACCUUGUAGAUUACAGCUCUUUUUCCCCAUGCACAGAGGGCAUUAAUCGUUCUCUGGCCUUCAGUAUUAGUGUUUCACCACAGCACCGAUGUUAGCUGGAAAUUUUUGGGUUUUGGUUUUCAACCCAAUGAUUCCACUGAUGGACUGAAUGGAGUAUGAUGGGCUUUCAAUUGGAGCUGUUAAACCACUGCUUUUCUGAUGUGGAACGCUUCAUGGCCCUCCUGCAGCAGGCAGCUGAUGCUCAGCGAACUCUGCAGCAAAAUAUGAAAAGAAAAAUGGCCAGCAAGAAGAAGAAGCAGGGUUAUGAUGUCAUGACGACAGAACAAGUAAACACUCCAUCCGAACAAGAGUUUGUGGACAUUUUCCAGAAGAUUAAAUACUCGUUCAGUUUGCUGGACUGUUUGAAGACAGAUAUAGCAAAUCCAAACUCAGAGGAGCUUCUGCAUCACCUGUUCAUUCCUCUCGACCUGAUGGUCAAAACUACAGGUGGUCCUGACUUGGCAGCCGGCGUGUCCAGUCCUGCACUGACCAAUGGAGCCAUUUCUCUACUGCAGCAGAAUCUCACGCAGGAGGAAAAAGAGUUGUGGAGCUCUCUCGGCCCCAACUGGACCCAGGCAAAUUCACAGCAUGCUAAAUCAGCAUCCCCGUAUACUCCGGUUUUUCUGGACGGUUGGAAGCCUAAUGGCUUUGACACAAACGGUCAAGCUUAUGAAGAUCCUGUUGAAUCACAGAACAAAAAAGAGGCCCUGCUGAAACGUCAACAGUCAGAAAUUAGCCAGCCCUCAUCACCUCUCCAGCUCACAGAUGAAAGUGUGGAAAUUCCACUUCCUGACCAGCUGUACCGCUGCAGUUAUGACUUUGUGGCCCGAAACAGCAGUGAGCUUUCAGUGCUGCAUGGAGAAACUCUCCAGGUGCUGGAUUCGUCUACGCGUUGGUGGAAGUGUAGGAACAGUUAUGACGAGAUUGGUUUUGUUCUGUCUAAUAUCCUGGAACCUGUCAAUGAGACAGAGCAAGACUCCAGUGUGAUAAUGCACAAGCCGUCUAUGAAAGUUCCUUUGUCUCCCCCGGGCUUUGGACGCUUUUCAUAUACAGCACCCAACCCUUUAGGGGGAGACAAUUCCUACACAGGGCCCCGCCCCAUCAGCAUGCCAUCAAUGGGAAGUGAUGGAGACAGAGUAAUGCUCAUGAAUAAUGAACUUGCCCAGCGGCUGGCUCACGAGAGAGGAGGAUCAGUACGACCGUUGGUUAUCAACAAAGCCAACGACACUACAGUACCUCUCAACUACCAAUCGCCUCCGGAUGAGGUACAGAAGUGGCUCAGAGGCAAAGGCUUUAGUGAUGACACAGUGAACAGUUUAGGGAUUCUCAGUGGAGCUCAGCUCUUCUCUCUGAGUAAGGAGGAACUGUGCAAGGUUUCUUCUCAAGAGGGAGCCAGAGUUUACAGCCAGAUCAUGGUGCAAAAAGUUCAGCUGGAGAAUGAAAGAAAAGCCACUGAGCUGGAGGCAGUGAUGAGAAAACAGAAGAUGAAAGUGGAUCCCAGUGUAGAGGGAGCAUUUUAAUUCAACACACAUACACACAAGUCUGGUUUAUACUUCUGCAUCAACAUGUAUUUGUGUAUCUACAUUGCAACACGGAAUUAAGGAUUUAUGAGUAAGUGUUGCAUGCAGAGAAGCUUUUAAGUGAAGUAUUUUUAAUAUGUUUUUUUAAAGGUGGAUAGUAUGGUUCCAAAUACAGAGUGUGCAAACAAUAACAUCUUGAUAACAUUUAGUAGUUUCCAUCUAUAGGUUGGAGACGUCCUCCUGGUCCUCAAUUGCUUUUUGAAAUUGUAGUCUGUUAAAAGUCUUAUGAGCCAUUCCACCGAAUCGGUGCCAUUUCCGUCCCUAGAAAAUUAUAUGUAUAAAUGCACAUAAAAAUGUCCUUUAAAAUACAUUUCCUUAUUACGCAGAAUGUCCUGCACAUUGAUCUGACUUCAAAUUUAAGAUAUAUAAUUGUAAGGAUUAAUAAAAACUACCGAAAACACUGAAAAAUAGCAUGUGUUACCUGUCCCCGCACUCUAACUUUUAUACUUAACUAUGAAAUAUUAUGAUUAAAAUCCUUCAGAAACAGUAUUUCUUUUGCACUGUUGUGUGACUCCAUAUCCUAUCCAUGGUUUAAAUGUAUUUUUUUUUCAUAAGAAAUCCACAAUACCUUAGUUAAAAUACACAUUUUAGUCGUGUCCCUGGGUUUUCACUCAGUCCUGUUACCCAAACAUAUUACCCCAUCUGACAAAUUUGGAACAUUCCAUAAAUCACAUGCUCAACAGGAAGUUACAUCAGUUGUGUCUUCUGAAGGCCAUGGGAAGACCAAAAGUUAGUUCUCUCAUUUACUUUUCUGUAUAUUUGAUGAUUUUUUUAAACUUUGACUGAUAAGGUUAAUGUCAACAUACUGUCCUGUUACUUACAUUUCUUAGAUGAUAUUUGUUUAUUUUAAAAAUACAGAUUUUUGGUAAAUCACUAGAAUGUACUAAGUGUGGUCAUGCUAUUAGCGAUGACGCCAUGUGGCUUAUUUCCAUGCAUUAGCUAAUCCUAGGCUAAAAACUCAGUCCUGUUACUUUCAGUCCUGUUACUCAUAUAAAGAGUAUGCAGCCAUCUUUGACUUCCAAACCUUGUAAAAAAAAAAAUAACGUAGCCUGAGGUUGACCAAUACACAUUUUGAAUAGUUAAAUAUGUACGUAAUCAUAAUCAGUGUUGAAAAGAUUUAACAAAUUAAGUUUAAUUUGGGAGUGGGACAACAAGCAAAUGGCACCCAUUCAGUGGAAUGUCCCUUAUACAGCUCAUGGCAGAAGUAUAAAUCAGCACACACACACACACAUCCUUGGCCAGGCAUCAAGAUCAAUUGUGCUAGAAAUGCUGCCUUCUCUUGUUUGUUCAUAUGGAUUAAAGUACAUCUUCAUUACCAGUAAUCCACUCACAUCAACUGCCUUUCAAUAAAUAAGACAGAGCACUGAACACAACCACCUUCUCCUCAAAGAUGUAUCCAAUAAAUAUACACAUAUUUGACAAAAGAA